GUCAGGGCCAGCGGGCAGUGGGCGGUCCCUCCCUGUGAGCACCGCGGGGUCCGCCAUCCGCAGCCGGGUCAGCGGGGUGACCACUGUCCACGGGGACGCUCCUCCGGGUGCAGGGGGAGGGUCGGUGUGGUGGGGAGCACCUACCGUCUGGAUCAACACCGCAUCCUACAACAGGCAGGGAAAACCCCAGAAGAUGGGACUGCAGCUCACACAUCACUGCCGAGUAACCGUUGUAGAGAUCUAGGAAGUGGUGCCUGGGGCCAGGCUGUGCUGCUGAGGGGCGCUGGCCAAGCCGUCUUUGGUUUGUGUGUUUGCAGUCCUUGGGUGAAUGAUUGCGUUGAAAGUAAAAAGGAAGACUUGAGAGAGGUUUAUGAACGCCUACUUAAAAUAUGACUGGUUCUUUGUGGGCUUCGUGGGAGAAAGCUGUAUUAAGCAUGGCUCUUGCACCAAAAGAACCUGCUGAUUAUUAAGCUAUAUUUACAGGUAAAUUCUACACAUCCACCAACAUUCAUCUACAGUUCUGUAAAAAUAAUUUUAACCUAAUAUAAAACUGAAGGCCCAGCAAUAGGAAGAAGCUACCAUGACAUUGUUCCUCUGAUUGUCCUUAGAGACCGGACUUAGACUUACUCCCCUCUGCUUGACUUGAGCCUCUAAAAUGCAGGCCUCCAGCUCCAGGUCUGUACACCUGAGUGACUGGCAGAAGAAUUACUUUGCACUUACAUCGGGUACGUGUACACCUGGACAGAAGGCAGAUGCUUACCGAGCGCAGAUACUCCGCAUUCAGUAUGCAUGGGCAAACUCGGAUAUCUCCCAGGUCUGUGCUACUACACUGUUCAGAAAAUACGCAGAGAAAUAUUCUGCAGUUAUUGAUUCUGACAAUGUUGAAACUGGCUUGAAUAACUAUGCAGAAAGCAUUUUGACUCUUGCAAGAUCUCAGCAAACUGACAGUGACAAAUGGAAGUCUGGAUUGUCAGUAAAUAAUGUGUUCAAACUGAGCAGUGUGCAGGAGAUGAUGCGUGCUGGCAAGAAAUCCAAAGACUCUCUGUUGGCGCCUGCUGACGCAUCACUAGUCAUCCACAAAGAGGCCACUGUCUUUGACCUUCCUACAUUUAGUGUUUGUGGUGGUUCUGGGGAGAGCAACCUGUUGACUAACUCAGCCCAUGGUGCCGACAGGACUCAAGAGUUUCCAGAGGGUGGUCCUUCUUUGACGUGCCCUCAGAGUGCCCAGCCACCUCUGGUCAUUAACACCACUAAGACAUGUCCUGUAGCCUCAGCACCUUUUGGUGAGUCAGGCCUUGCAAAGUUCCAUGCCAAACCAUUAUUUGGGAAUGUCAAAAAGGAAAAUAACAGCUUUGUAAAAGGCAAUAUAGGUCUCAAUGUGUUCUCAUCUAAUCAGUCUUGUUUUCCUUCUUUCUGUGAAAAUGCACGGGACAAAAAAGCUUUUUAUGGUGCUGGCACCAUUGAUGCACUUUCCACCCCAAUACUGAAUAAGGCUUUUAGUAAAACAGAAGAUAAUGGCCAAAGAGGGGAGAGCAGCCUGCCUGCUUUUAAAACUGCAAAGGAACAGUUAUGGGUAGAUCAGCAGAAAAAGCACCACCAGCCCCAACGUGCAUCAGGGUCUUCAUAUGGUGGAGUGAAAAAGUCUCUGGGGGCUGGUAGAUCCCGAGGGAUAUUUGGAAAGUUUGUUCCUCCUGUACCUAAGCAAGAUGGGGGAGAUCCGGGUGGGGGGAUGCAGUAUAAGCCUCAGGGUACAGGUACUGCAGACCCAGCACAUCCCAUGGACGAGCGUCUGAAGAACUUGGAGCCCAGAAUGAUUGAGCUUAUUAUGAAUGAGAUUAUGGAUCAGGGACCUCCAGUAAAUUGGGAAGAUAUCGCAGGCGUGGAAUUUGCCAAGGCCACAAUAAAGGAGAUAGUUGUGUGGCCCAUGUUGCGGCCAGACAUAUUCACUGGCCUACGAGGACCCCCUAAAGGCAUUCUGCUCUUCGGUCCUCCUGGCACUGGUAAGACUCUGAUUGGCAAGUGCAUUGCUAGUCAGGCUGGGGCAACGUUCUUCAGUAUCUCUGCUUCCUCCUUGACUUCCAAGUGGGUGGGUGAGGGGGAGAAAAUGGUCCGUGCAUUGUUUGCUGUAGCAAGAUGUCAGCAACCAGCUGUGAUAUUUAUUGAUGAAAUUGAUUCCUUGUUAUCUCAACGCGGAGAUGGUGAGCACGAAUCUUCUAGAAGGAUAAAAACCGAAUUUCUAGUUCAGUUAGAUGGGGCAGCCACAUCUUCUGAAGACCGUAUUCUAGUGGUGGGAGCAACCAACCGGCCACAAGAAAUUGACGAGGCUGCCCGGAGAAGGCUGGUGAAAAGGCUGUAUAUUCCCCUCCCAGAAGCUUCAGCCAGGAAACAGAUAGUAGUUAAUCUGAUGUCCAAGGAGCAGUGCUGCCUCAGUGAGGAGGAGCUCGCGCUGGUGGUGCAGCAUUCUGACGGGUUCUCUGGGGCAGACAUGACUCAGCUGUGCCGGGAGGCGUCUCUGGGUCCUAUUCGCAGUUUGCAGGCUGCUGACAUUGCCACCAUAACGCCUGAUCAAGUUCGCCCAAUAGCUUACAGUGACUUUGAAAGUGCUUUCAGAACUGUGCGACCUAGUGUAUCUCCUGAAGAUUUAGAGCUUUAUGAAAACUGGAACAGGACUUUUGGUUGUGGAAAAUAAAUGGGACACUUAGGAUGGCAUCUUUGUAGUCUUGUCUUUCCACUUUUUAUUAUAGCAAGGAAAUUAAUGAAUUGUUUGUGAAAUGUAUAUUCUGAAUCUGUACCUUAAAAUAAAAUAGAAUAACAAUA